AUGUUGAAAAUCAGACAGCUUCAGAAAAAGAAACAGCAGGAAGCUGAGCUAGCCUCUGGAUCGGCAUCUCCCUCUGGAUCUGGCUCCAGGACCGAUUCCCCAGCCAAAGUGUCUGGAGCUCAACUCCGACUCCAGAAGGACAUAACUGAAUUGGAUCUUCCCAAGACUAUUAAGGUGACUUUUCCCGAUUCGAGCGAUUUCUUCAACUUCAACUUGCAAAUCUUGCCCCAGCAAGGAUUUUACAAAGGAGGAGUAUUUGAUUUCAAAGUAGAAAUCAAUGGCAACUUCCCCAUAGAUCCUCCCAAAAUACGGUGUUUGAAUAAAAUCUACCAUCCCAACAUCGACUUAGAGGGAAAUAUCUGUUUGAACAUUUUACGUGAAGAUUGGUCUCCAGUGUUGAACUUGAACUCUGUCUUGAUAGGACUCAACUUUUUGUUCCUCGAGCCUAAUCCUAACGAUCCUUUGAACAAGGAGGCUGCGAACGUCUUGGUAAAGGAUAAAAGCCAGUUCAAGAGAAACGUCUCCAACUCCAUGAGAGGAGGCUACAUAGACCAGACGUACUACGACAAGGUUUUGAACAUCUAG